CAUGCUCUUUUGUGGGAGGAGUCACUGCCGGUUACACUUUUACACUGUCAAAAUGAUCAGGUUUAUUUUAAUCCAGAACAGAGCAGGUAAAACCCGCUUGGCAAAGUGGUACAUGCACUUUGAUGAUGAUGAAAAACAGAAGCUUAUAGAAGAAGUCCAUGCUGUGGUCACAGUGCGAGAUGCAAAGCACACAAAUUUUGUAGAGUUUAGGAAUUUCAAGAUUGUGUACCGUCGCUAUGCUGGCCUCUACUUCUGCAUCUGUGUUGAUGUCAGUGACAACAAUCUGGCAUGUUUGGAGGCCAUCCACAACUUUGUAGAAGUUCUCAAUGAGUUCUUCCACAAUGUGUGCGAACUUGAUCUAGUCUUUAAUUUUUAUAAAGUGUACAGCGUUGUGGAUGAGAUGUUCUUAGCAGGAGAAAUACGAGAGACGAGCCAGACAAAAGUGUUGAAGCAGCUGUUGAUGUUGUCGUCACUAGAGUGAACAAAUAGACUUGUGUAUGUUAGGUACAACAUAGCAGAUGUUAUCAACUUGACUGUAGACUGCAGUACAUCACUGUUGGUAUAUCACACUCUGUAGAAACAUGCAAUCUCAUUGUUAUCAGAUCUUAGUGCUUGCUACCGCCACACAAAGAUCUGAGGACAUCCCAUUACAGGUCAUGUCAGAAUGAGCUUUCAUCCAACCAAUCAGGUGUCUCUUACGAGAUCGCAAAAGUAGGAGUCCAAAUCUGUUUUCUAAUCUUGCAACGUCAAAAAGUUUACUGGCUUUCCAAAUGACAGUUACGUGCUGUACGACUGAUUCCAAAAUGCUGACAUCAUCUGUCUCUCUCUUCGGGUCAUAAACAUUUGAACUUGGAAGUACUGCCAUAUAGGGUGCACGGGUGUCCCAGUCCUCUAAGGCGCCGCGAUUCGCUGUGCAGAGUUGCGUCCCUUGGGCGCGCCAGAAACCUAUGAUUGUGGGUUCGAAUCCCGGUUCGGCCCGAUUAUGUUUCUAGGUUUGUCAGCACCAUACCUGUGCUCAUGGGUUUCACCGAAGUGGUAAACGUCUGAGACCUGCAUCACUUCGGGCUUUCCUCCCACAUUAAGCCGACACGCCGUGAUAUAACUGGAAUAAUGUUAAAAGUGGCGUUAAACCCAACUCACUCACUCACUCACGACAGCCAUAUAGUCUGAGCCAUCUGUUAGACAUUCCAGAGUUUUCUUCUGUUUGGUUUUAAAAUUUGGAAUCGAUAACUUUGUCCAAAUAUUUUUAAUGAGUAGUUUGGACUUGAAGUCUCCAUUUUGAAGCUAGUGCUGUGAAGCUCGAGAAAGCUGCUUUCUGACUGGCUAAUGUAGACUAACUGUUAGUCAUUUCAUUGGUCAAUUGGUGAUAGGUCGCUCUGACAUGACCUGUGAUGGGCUGUCCUCAGAUCAUUUGUGUAUUGGUAGCAAGCACUAAAACCUGAUGAUCUAAAUGAGACUGAAGAAACAUUUGGCACUCCCAGUAGGAUGUUCCAGUCUUUUCAUUUGCAUAACUAUGUGUUUGUUACUGGUGUUAGGAUUUGGUUAAAGUCGCCAAGUCGAUCAUGAGUUCAUCAUAAACAAAUUUGUAAUUCUUACUUCCAGUAGUCUAUGGUCAUCAUACAGUCUGUGUUGCAAUAGAAUCAGGAAGGUGAUAUGGUCAUCAGCCUGUCUGCCCCCUUGCUCUGUAUGUAGAAGAGUCUGUUUUAUGUUUGUGUGUCUUGAAAAGCUGUAUUGAAGUCGGCAGUAUGGGACGUAAGGAUGUUUUGUCAUGUAAUAGGACAAUAUCUUUGGAAUAUGAUUACAAAAACUUGUACCAAACCUUUGAUAUUAAUGUAGAUCAUCACACAUUACUGACAGAAUGACGAGUAGACAAGUAUUUGUAUAUAUUAUAAGUGGGGAAUCGUUUCUUGUUCUGUUCGUAUGUUUCAUACACAACAGUGAUGCACCAUGUCCGUGCAUCAACAAUGUAUUUUUUUUGGUAAAUCUAACAUAGCUGUAAUUAUCAGGGAAACAUUACGCCCUCACCUGGAUCCUACCGACUCAUGUUAAAGGUGUCCUUCAUGCAAAGGUGUAAUUAAUAUUUGGGUUGAGAAAAUGUUUCUCCCUGAGUUAUAGUGUAUUAUUAUGCUCUUUGUUUGAAAAGCAGCCAGAAAAUCAUUGCUUUCUUCAAAGACAAGUGCAAAAUUGUGGAUCUGUGUGUGUUGAAGUGAGGUGUUUUUGUAAACCUCUUGAAUGUGUUUUUGUUCAGUGAUGCAACUCAUUACACUCCUGUUAUUUUACUGAAUACUUACUUUGUUAUGUUAUAUCUGUUCAAUGGCCAUCUUCUUGAGGCAAGGGAGUUAACUAUUUUUUAUAAAGUCAUGUUUCCACCCUUGCCAUAGCAGGCUGGAAUUUCUGGGCUCGUUUGUAGUGCCACCAGUGGCUAUUAUACGAGUUUUGUCCCCACAACUGACACUCAGAUUUGGAAAAUAUCUGUUGACACCUAGUUGAUGGUACACAUGCUCUGCAAUCAAACAAAUUCAGGAUAGCUGUUGCCAUGUUGUUUAUGAACCAGUGUCGAUUUCGUUACAGGAUUUUGAUUGGGAUAUACAUUGACUCGUUACUCCAAUAGAAAUUUAACUCCAUAAUUCCAGUCAAGGGUGGAAACUGGACUUUAAAAGUCAGUCAACUCCUCUGCAUCGGGAAGAUGUACGAAGGCUUGUCCAACCAAUCAUGUAUCAGUCAAAUACUGUCAUAAUACAAUAUGUGUAAUGUUACAACAGAUUUCAAAUUUUGAAAACAUCAAAUAUUCACAUGUAAAUAUUGUCAUUUUGUGAGUAGAUAAUAUGAAGAGGAUUCGGUAUCAUUCCAAGUACAAAGCACUGUUUGAAUUGAUGUCUGUAUUAUGAUUUUGACUCAAGAAUGGCUGUGUAGCUUAUCAUGUGCUAGUACCAUUAUCAUGAGCAAGUAGUUCCUCUUUAAUUCAAAAUCACUGCACAAACAAAUUCAGUAUAUCUUUAGAAGAAAUGUAUUUCAUAUGUAUGCUAGGAUCAGAAAACUGCUAUACACCCAUGUAUCCAUAGUGAUUGUGACUUGUGUAUCAAUGUGCAAUGUUAACUAUUAAAAUAAUUGAAUCUUG